AAAGCAAGCCGGGAUCAGGGGCGCAGCCAUGGGCUACACUACUGUGUACACAGUAGACGUUCAAUUUCGCAUACGCGAUGUAACGAGAAGCGCAGAUCAAAAGCUUGAUGACAGGUCUGGGGAGGGUGAGGAGUCAUUCUGUGGAAGCAGACGGGAUUUAAGAAACCGAUCACGCCGUCGUCUGCUCUUCAUUUCUGUCCCUUCCCCCUUCUUCCCCGUCUCCAACAGCGCCGUCACUCCUUCCAAGCCGCGCUUCUUCUCCAUCUUCACCCACGCCGUUCUUUUCCCAAGCCGCUCCCAGAUUUUCUGCCCCUACCUUCCCGACAACCAAGAUGCUCUCCCAGACCCUCCUGCUCACCCUCGCGGGCGUGGCCACGGCCGCCAACAUCGCUCCGGGCCACCUGGCCGUCAAGCGCGAGAUCGAGGCGCGCCAGACCGACGGGAGCGACUUGGCCUGCGCCACCGCCCUGGAGACCAUCUACACGGCCCUGCCGACGCCGCCGCCGGCCUACCAGUCCUUCAUAGACUCCAACACGCAGACGGACCCAUGCAGCAUCACGAUCCCCGCCUCAAUCGCGCCGGCCGUGUCGAGCUACCAGAGCGAGGUCUCCUCGUGGCUGUCGGCCCACAGCGCCGACAUCUCCUCCAUCGUGAAGCAGUGCCCGUCCUACUCCACCCUGACCGACAGCGUCUCUCUCCCGUCCUGCACGCAAGCCAGUGGCGGCUCCGGCUCUGGCUCCAGCUCCGGCUCUUCCAGCGGCAGCAGCGGCAACAGCGGCAACAGCGGCUCUUCGCCGGCCAAGUCCACGAACGCCGGUCCCCGCGAGACGGGCUUCGCCGGCGCUGCCAUGGCCGCCGCUGGCUUCCUCGGCGUCGUUGCUGCUCUCUAAACGGUCGGAUAGCCGGGCGGUGUAUGUUGGCGUGGCUGGACAUUGGAUGGAUACGUCCGACUGUACAGCACGGCUUCCCCUGGAAGCAGGAAUCGGUUGGAAAGGUGGUGCACACUAGUUGGUCACUGUUACUUUAAUUCGAUUCUUGCCUCAAAACCUUGUUUCAAUUGCCGCCGUUAUGACUGCAACAUGGUUCAUUGCGCUUUGUUCAUGAUGCCCCUGUCGUCGGGAACUGGUACACUAUGUAAGCUCAGGACCUUCCCUCGCUGCCUGCUUUUUGUCCUCUGAUCCCUUGUCCUCG